AUGUUUUAUAAUUUGAAUUGGAGAAAAACUAUACACGAAAAAUUUGCGGACCUUAGCGAUCGAUCAAAAAAAAUGCUUCGACCCGAUAAUCUCGGAUUAAAUUUGGAAAUUCAUCCCGAUGCUUUGGUGAUGAAUCAAGCGAGCAGAGCCGGUAAGACACCUGAAGAAAGCCGAAUUUUGAAGGCAAAAGAUUACAAACUACCCGUGUUUACCAGAUAUCGCGAGGGUACCUGCAAAGACGUUUUUUAUUUCGUUCAAGUUGUGGCUCCAAAGUUCGGCCACGACGCACAUCCCGAAGAAAGCUGUGAUGCGGAGAAACGCCUUUUAGAAAAAGUCAUAAAUGCUCUUAACGACAUGAGACCUAAACCGAGAUUUUUACUCGUACAUGGAAAUUACACGAAUGCAUCACCAAACGAUAAAGAAUAUUUCCCGCAGAUAGAGAGUUUUAAGUCAGCAUUUGAAAAUUUAAGCGCGGAGAUUCCUGUCGUGUGUGUUUGUGGCCCAACAGACUGCGGUAAUCCACUGACAUUGGACGGCGUCGAUGCGUAUCGGAAUACUUUUGGCGAUGACUGGUUUGCCUUCUGGGUUGAAGGAGUUCAGUUUUUAGCCAUGAAUACCAGUUAUUACAAAGACGUGAACGCCGAUAUGGAGAGUUUUAAAACAGAUCAACAGGAAUGGCUUGAAUCAAAGCUGUUGGAAGCACAAGUAAACCCGCCAAAACAAAUCGUUCUUUUGCAAACCACUCCAUGGUUUCGCAAAUCUAUAGAUGAGGAGAGCAAUGCAGACAACAUUGAUUUAAACACGCGCCAAGAAAUCGUUCCUAAACUCAUAGAAGCCAACGUGAAAUACGUUUUCACUGGUAAUUUGAAUGGCUUCGGGAAGGACAAGGAAUUACAUAUAGUUCAAACAAGUUCUUUAAGAAAAACAAAUGAGGUGGAAAAUCUAGGUUUUCGUGUUGUCAAAGUCGAACAUGAGGGAGUUGUACAUAAAUUUUUUUCUUUGGACAACUCCCCAACAGAUCUAAAUUUAGAAUUUUAAUAACUAUUGCUUUUUGCAGCUGCAACCGCAUUCAGAUUGCGAUGUAAUCCGAUAACUCAAAAGUUAGAGGCUAGAAUCAGGUUCUAAAAGAAUUUCACAACCACUAACUUUGUCCACUAGAGAGAGAAGAAUAUUUCAGACACUUUUAUUAUAUUCAUUCUGCUGGCCUAAAGCGAUUAAUCAAUGAAAAGAAGCAUUUCAAAGGAAAGAGCAUCAGAAGUCAAAUAUUUGCUGCGGGUCACAUACAGGUAUCGAAUCAAAUAUAUAUAUAUAUAUAUAUAUAUAUAUAUAUUACACUUGUUUGCACGCAUUCUUCAUUGUGUUUCUUCAAGGCAAUAUUAGACUGCGAUUUUCGGUUUUUACUUAAUUGAGGUUGUAUGUAGAAAAGUGUUUAUAAUCUUAAACAAAGCAUUUUCCUCGUGGCAAAUAGAAUAUUUAUGAAUUUAAUUCGCUGUCAUCAAAUUCGUAAUUUAGCAUCAAGUUGGAAAUCUCUAAUUUCUUUCAAUACCACAAGACAAUUACCGAUCUGAAAUGAAAUAUACGGCUUUCACCGAGCCUUUCUGUCGUCGGAACUCAGAAUAUUAAAGGAAAUGAUUUGAACUAAGAAUUCGUUCAGAAAGCAUCCGUUUCGGAGGUAUUGUUCCAUUUCAUUUCCAUCCAGUAUAAAUAUUCUUACUUGGUCAAGGCACUUCUUUGUCGAAUUUGUUCCGCAAUUUGAAGACGAAAAGAGAAGACAUAUCUUUAAGCCAACGAAACUCGAGGAAAUGCCACAAGUAUUUUGGUUAAUUUAGCCGGGAGAGUACGGAAUAAACGAAAUCUUACAAAAGGAUACGAAAAUUGAUUAUUUACUAGCAAAGGUAUGCUUUUGCUAGAGUCAGGUUUUCGUCCCUGAAAAAUUAGAGCGUUUAUCGAUGAAAGGAAAAUACUUUUACGAGCCAGUGAGAAUCGAAGUAAAAGCAACGAAACUGCCCAACGCGCGAGCGACCAAGCCGUGAUUGGUGUUAGUUUUGAAUCUGACUGGUUGAGAGAUUGGCACGAGUUUCCUGUACCAAUAACAGAGCGAAGCAAAAUCGAAGCAUUCUAGGUUUAUUUUCGACGCUCAAUGGCAAAUUGCUUCGUCAUCCAAUCUUGAAUUACCAAGUACCAGUAAUUCAGACAAAGCAACAAAACUUUUCUCCUUCCCAAUCAAUAGUUUCGUUUCUUGUCUUAACGCCGGAUAAGAAAGGGAACGUCAGGGCAUUCCAUUUAUCGGAAGUAAAAUGGCUCUUGAGAGGUAAUUUCUGCUGGAAGCAGCUCAUUCUUGUAGUUUCCGGAAAUUGCGGUGGUUUAAUUCGGAAAAAGAAUUUACCAGAUUUUUUGUUCACUUAGCUCCCUAUGGAUUCCCUUGACAUUUUUUGGCAUUACCUUUUUUUUCAUUUCCUUUUGUAACUCUACGUUGAAAACUGAAUUUGUGCCCCAGGGAAAGAAAACGCGUUGUGUGACAAGAUCAAACAACAGCUGCAACUUGAAAGAUGCAACCCUCUUCUCAUUGUCCAAAUGUUGAGGACCACUCCUUCUCUAGAACAUAUUUGAACAUUUUCUAGUGUUUCACAUUGUUUCCUUCGCUGUAUCUUUUUCCCAAUACUGGUAACAAGUUUUAAACUUAUUUUUCUACAGUAUUGUUAGGUCAUGAUCUUCAGGGUUAUCGUCCAUGUUUUUCUCCUUUACCUGCCUGUUUUCUUGAGUUAUUUGGUUUAUUUUUCAUAUUCACACAAUAUUUUAAACCAAAAUCAGAAGGGUAAAUCCGUAAGAUUUACAGCAAU